AUGGUUCAGCUGGGAGAUCUCUUAAGUACCAUUCCGGUAAUAACUCGUCUAUACCUUAUUCUAUCUUCUAUUUUGAUGGUACUAUGUUCCCUUGAUGUUAUAUCACCAUUGAGUUUAUACUUGAACUGGAACUUGGUCUUGACAGAACAUCAGUACUGGAGACUCAUCACCUGCUUCUUGUAUUUCGGGUCCUUCGGACUUCAUUUUUUUUGGGAUGCCUACGUUUUAAUAUACUACUGCAGCUCAUUAGAAGAUGUUACCUUCAGAAAUAACUCAGCUGAUUUUCUCUGGAUGAUUAUUGUGUCUUGUAUGAUGCUAUUGGGCGUUUCAUACAUAUUUGGAGGGGUCUACUUUUAUAGCAGCUGCAUAAUAAAUGUCAUCACAUAUGUAUGGAGCAAGAACAAUUCUUCAACGAGGCUAACCAUUUUUUUUUUUACAAUAAAAGCAUCCUAUCUUCCAUGGGUCCUAACGGUGCUGUCCUUAAUUGUCGACUACAACUCAAAUGACAAUUUUUUUGGUAUUUUAGUAGGACACAUAUACUUUUUUUUCACCAGCAUAUUUCCCCUUAUGCCUGUCUCAAAGAACACACAAAUUUUUAAGACCCCCCAAAUUUUGAAAUGGCUGCUUAAGCAGGAGCAAUGA